AUGGAAACCGCAGCAACAGCCCAGAAGAAGAAAACAACUUUUAGAAAGUUCAUUUAUCGUGGAGUUGACUUUGAAGACUUAAUUCAAAUGCCAAUUCAAACCUUUGCUAAUCUCUUAACUGCUAGAGAUAGAAGAAGAAUUCAAAGAGGAUUCAGUCAAUCAGAGAUAGACUUCUUAUUAGCCUGUGAGAAAUCUAAGAUAGCAGCAGAAGGAUCUGGAGAUAAGCCGGCUGUUGUAACAACUCAGUGCAGACAAAUGCUUAUUCUACCCCAAUUAGUCGGUUGUAUCGUUGGUGUUUAUAACGGUAAGGAGUAUAUUACUUUUGAAGUUAAGCCGGAAAUGAUUGGACAUAGAUUAGCCCACUUCUCAUCACCCCAUAAGAUGGUAUCUCAUGGUCGGCCGGGAAUUGGAGCUACUUCUUCUUCUAAGUUUGUCCCUCUUAAAUAA